AUGAUUGCAUUGAUGGCCAUGUUUUUGUUAGGCUUGCUUCUUCCAGAGCUGCGGUCACAAGGCAUUCUGUCAAUGGCAAAGUUUCGACGGCAGGACGUAAUUGCUGCAGCUCCUGCCAGCGAAGAACCAGAGGAGAUUGUGCAGGUAGCGAACGAUUAUGUGGAGGGCGCAAAGGAACGCCGUCCGAGAUCUGCCGACGAGGAUGUCAGAAUAGACGAGCCGGAGAGUAGCAAGGAUAGCAGCGUAGCACAUACCGAGACAGGCGCAAAGGACCGCCAGCCACCUUCGACAAGUGCAGUGGAUGAGGAUGUGGUGAGGGUGGGGGAUGAUGAGCCAGAGAGUGCAAAGGACCGCCGGCCACCCUCGACAACGGCAGAGUUGGAUGAGGACAUUGUGAGGGUCGCGGAUGACGAGCCAAAGAGUGCAAAGGACAUCCGAUCACCCUCUACAAGCAUGGUGUCUGACCAGGAUGUUGUGAGAGUCGGGGAUGAUGAACCAGAGGGCGCAAAGGACCGCCUGCCACCCUCGACUAGCGUAACGUCGGAUGAGGAUGUGGUGAGGGUUGGGGAUGAUGAGCCGGAGGGCGCAAAGGACCGCCCGCCACCCCCAACAAGCAACGCCGCCGAGAAGGUGGAUCAGGAGCAUAUGGCGCCUUCAACGAGUAGCGAGGCAGACAAGAUGCAGUCCACUGCGCAGGGUGUGCAGGUGCACUUGGAGGCCGUUAAGGAGGACGACACAUCUGUUUCUGUGACUGAGACAGCUGCACAGAUGUCCGCAGACGCAGCCCCAAGAGAUGGGCAUCCACCUGGUGAGUCUGACCUGAGUCAGAGCUUCGGGUCGGUGCAGGAGCUACCUACGCGGCAUCCCCCUAAUGCAGUGGCGCCCAUUCCCACUGCAGAGCCACAGCUCAAGGCGCUGGGCCAGGCAGCCGAGCAUUCUGUGCAAGUCCACGCAGAGGCUGCGCCUGCCAGUGCUGCGCCUUCCACAGCUGCGCCAGCACCUGUAUCUGCAGAACAGGGUGCAGCUCAUGCAGAAGUCCAAGUAGAAGUCACGCAAGCCCCAAGUGUGCCGCAGCAGGCGUCAGACGUGAAGGUGGAGUCAGCAGAUGCGCCUCCUGCGCCAGCUCCUGUAUCUGUGGAGCAGGCUGUGACUGUGUCAAAUGAUGACUCGAAAUCGGAUGGCCUCCUUCAGAAGGUGGAGACCGCGGUUUCGGAUGCUGUUGGAGGUUUGGAGCAAGCUCCAGAAGCAGUGGUGCAAGCUGGGACAAAUGUGAUGAAGGAGGGUGCCGAAGAAGUGGGGAAGAUCCUGAAAGCAGCGGAAGGCGCUGAGCAAGGAGGUCAAGCCAUCGUGCAAGGAGUGAAAGACAUGGCAGCCCAAGCUGGCGAGAUGCUAUCUCAGGAGGUCGCUGAGGUGAAGCAAGUGCUGCCUGUGAGCUAG